AUGCCAUCGACAGCGUCCCCUAUAAUAACGACACCUACUCCUGUAAUUCCAUCCGAGCUACGAACAGUCGCCCAGAUCCGCAAUGCUGCCGCGCUCAAGACGAACAAGUCUGUCAAGGGGGCUGCCCCGUUGACGGCAAUGAACUCUCUUCGCCGGCUCGCUGAAGAGGCCCAUCUCAAGGAGCAACAGGGAGAUUUGCGAGGCGCGCUUUUUCAGUUUGUCCAGGUCGGCGUUCUCCUCCAGUUCGUCCAGGAAUCCCAAGAUUAUAAACAAGAGUCCCAGCGUGGCCGUCACGGUGCGCUCUAUCACCUAAUGGCAGACUUUAACAAGGGUCCCUUUGAGGCUAUGAUGAAGAGCGUCGCAAAUUUGCAGGCGCAGCUCCUCCAGGCCGAGCGUGCAGAGGCUGAACGGGCCGAUGUGGCGUCAGAGACGGAUGGCUCGCUAAACCGUCGAGCGGGCAACUCGUUGGCAGAACGUCUAAAGCAGCUCCAAGGAAGCGGGAUCCAAGCGGAGCUCAUUGGCAAAAAGAUUCAGCGCCCGCCCUCGCAAAACUUUCGCCCGCAGUCACCACCUGUGCUUGUCCCCUCACGGGGACCGACCCCAGCGCCUCGAGGUCCAACACCUGGUCCAUACACCGUCAGGAGAUCUUCGAUAAGUCAGAACGUGUUCAUUCCUCCGAUCCCUCCGGCAAGCCCGAAGCCUGCCAUCCCAUUGUCUUCUCCAUACACUCGUUCGACCCCGACCCCGAUCCCCGCUGGAACAUCCCCAAGGCAGUUUGUUCCUGUGUCCAAUCUCGGUCCGCCAUCGCCGACACACUCGGCUGGAUCGUCUCCAGAGGACGAUGACAUUCAGGUCCCUCGCAUGCGCAAAGUCGAGACGCCAGUCAGAAGCCCAUCCGACUUUUCUAGAACAUUUCCGCCUAUUGACGAGCUUAAUGAACGCGAUCCCGUGCCCAUGUUCCCCUCAGUCCCGACACAUGCUCCAGGCAUGAACGGAACAAAGCAAACGACGAGCCCGAAUGGGAUCAAUGGACACAAGCCAAAUGGACUCCCUUGGAAAGCAAAAGCAUUCCCAGCAGUCAUGGAUAUGGAGCCGCGACCAGCGAGCACUCCAAUCCCUAUCAAGCGCAUGAGCGGCGGUGCGCGCCCAAUUACUCCUGCCAACCACGGCUCGCCAGGGCACGGAUACAGCCCGAAUCAAUCACAAGCAUCCCCUCGAACAGGAGGAUAUCCGGUUGGAGACCAAGCAGUCUCUGUAGAUCUCCCCAUCACCAACGCAAUCACACCUCAGAAGCUCAACUCGUUGCUCGAGACCCGGGGACUGAAUAUUCUCAUGCUCGAUGUUCGCAACCGAGAACAAUUUGAUAAGGAGCGAAUCAACCAUGACGCUAUCGUGUGCCUGGAACCAAUGGUGUUGGCACGCCAAGGCAUCAACUCUUCUAUGAUUGAAGGUGCCCAAGUAAUAGCUCCCAACAUGGAGCAAGUAUUGUUCAAGAACCGUUCUCGGUUUGAUCUCAUCAUCAUGUACGACGAGUCGUCGACGACCAUUGCACCAAAUACUCCCAUCUACUCACUCUCGCGCGCUAUUUUCGAAAAUGAAUUUCAUCGACCUCUCAAACGCCCGCCAAUGUUGCUUAUUGGAGGUUUCAAAGCCUGGAAGGCUACCAUUGGUCAGGAGGGCAUCUUGAAGCGCAUCUCACCCUCUUCAUCCUCUGGCUCAAUCUCUAAUGGCGAUGCCAUUCCACCGGAACCGACGGGAUCCACCUCGACAUCUGCUACAUCAGCCUCGGAAGAAGAGACCUUUUUGUACGAUAGACGUGCAGAGAUCAAGUAUCCUCCCGCGGAGAAACUACAACCACAGACGACUGGAUCCGACGUCAGCACAGAAACUCCUGGAACUCACAAGCUUACUAGGCCACGAACCGUUUCCAAGCCUCCUUUGCCACCUGUUCAAUACUAUCGGUCUCGCGCGACUAGCCCUCCCCCAACUACGCAAACACCAACAUUGGUCUCGACAUCCGGUACUCGCAAUGGCCCUAUUCAAUAUCCGACUUUCCCUACUCCCUUUUCACCGCCACCAGGAACCGAGCCAACUCCCCCGCAAGCAGCUUCCGUCAACCAGUAUCCAAUUUCGCGUAAACGAAGCGAUUUUGCAGACCAGGGUCAGGCUUAUUCAGGUUCUGUACAACCGGGUAGACCCAUUGACUAUCCUCAAUUGGCCCUCAAUCAUGUCUUGCCGCCACCACCUGCUGCUGCAACAGCCACAAGCGGUGCGACGACCAAACUCGAACCUCGAAGUCGCCUCGGUCAAGCAGCGUAUGCGCCCACUGCUGCUCCACCACCGGCUCCGAUGAUCAAAUCCGAUUAUCCCGUGGUCUUUUGGUCGGCGAGCGAGAUCGGAAUGUCCGGUUUGAAGAACUUGGGAAAUACGUGCUACAUGAACUCGGUCUUGCAGUGUCUCAGCGCCACCGCCCCAUUUGCUCGUUUCUUCAUCGACGGUCGCUGGCGAAAUGCCGUCAAUAUGCUCAACCCGCUCGGAACCAAGGGUAAACUCACAGAAGGUUAUGCACGACUAUUGGUCGAUAUGUGGCAAGCAGAUAUGGGAGCCUUGACUCCGAUCCCUUUCAGAAAAACUGUUUGCGCCUAUGCCCCUCAAUUCGCAGAUUCGAACCAACAUGACGCUCAAGAAUUUAUGAUUUUCCUCCUCGAUGGACUCCAUGAAGAUCUCAACCGUAUCCUCCAACGACACAUUAUUGAAACCAGACCCGAGCGGGAGGCGGAACUUGAAGCUUUGUCGACGCAGAUUGCUAGCGAACAAGAGUGGCAGCUCUAUCGCAUGACAAACAACAGCAUAAUUGUCGACUACUUCCAAGGCCAGUUCCGUAAUCGUAUGGAAUGUAUGACCUGCCACAAAACUUCGACAACGUACAACACGUUUAUGCAUCUCUCCUUGCCCGUCCCCGACCAUAAGCAGGCGUCCCGUGUUUCAUUGCAGCAAUGUCUCGACGCAUUCGUACAGCAGGAAGUCAUGGAAAAGACAGACGCCUGGAACUGCCCCAACUGCAAGGCACUACGCAAGGCGACCAAAGUACUGACACUAUGCCGUCUACCCCCUGUCCUCCUCAUCCACCUCAAACGGUUCUCCUUCAAGGGGCCCUUCACCGAGAAGAUCGAGACACUGGUAGACUUUCCCAUCAACAAUCUCGACUUGACUGGAUACAUGCCACCACCGCUCCCUGCUGGCGCAGAACGAACGAUUGUCAAGUAUGGCAGGCCGCAAGUCCUCGGAUCAGAUGAUCCUCGUCGACAACAACCACCCUACAAAUAUGACUUGUUUGGUGUCACUAACCACUACGGAACACUCAGCAGCGGGCACUAUACAGCAUUUGUGUCGAGUGCUGCCGGAUGGAGAUAUUGUGAUGACAGCAGAAUCACACGCGCUGACAAGAAUGCUGUUGUCACAAAGGCGGCUUAUAUUCUCUUCUAUAAGCGGACUCAUUAA